AGGAUUGAAGGGAUCCAGUUACUAACUGUCGGCGUAGAUAGGGCAGAAUUAAACUGGUCUGAACAGAUUAAAACAGUACAUUCGGCUCAAAUGGACUUAAGAGAAUAUAAAUUGUUGUAAGAAAGGGUCCAUUAAAGGAGUCACACGCGUCAGAAUAUCUUUAAACCUUUGUUAUACAUCCGCAGUGGAGACCGAAGUAUUGUUUUGGUUGUGUGGAAGAACGGGCGGCGGGGGUCUCACCCGAGUACCCUGUUUCUUUCUGCAGGGCUACUACUGUGGAUAUUAACGAGAAAUGGAGAGGUGAGCUGCCGCUCCCCCGCCGCAGCGGAGGGACGGAGGAGAGGGCGGCAGGUGGCACAGAGCCUGGCUGUCUCAGGCUUCGUGGAUGCACUUAGAUGUCUGCAAUGAGUGCUGUGGCUGGCAUGCCUCAGUGUUUUGGAUUCCCAUGCUCUGGACUCAGUAGGACAAGAAUUUAUCAGCACAGAACGUCAUGAGCAUAGUCAUCCCAGUAGGGGUGGACACGGCCGACACCUCAUACCUGGACAUGGCUGCAGGCUCAGAACCAGAAUCUGUGGAGGCUAGCCCUGUGGUAGUGGAGAAGUCCAGCUACCCUCACCAGAUCUACAGCAGUAGCUCUCACCACUCUCACAGCUAUAUAGGGCUGCCUUAUGCCGAUCAUAACUAUGGGGCGCGGCCCCCACCUACACCGCCAGCCUCUCCCCCGCCAGCAGCGCUGAUCCGACCCGGUGACGGUCUGUUUGUGCCGGGGGCUCAGGACGAGGCCUCACGUGGUACCACGCUGAGCACAUCCGAGGACGGCAGCUACGGCGCCGACAUCACACGCUGCAUCUGUGGCUUCACCCACGACGAUGGCUACAUGAUCUGCUGCGACAAGUGCAGUGUGUGGCAGCACAUUGACUGCAUGGGGAUCGACCGGCAGCACAUUCCUGAGACGUAUCUGUGUGAACGCUGCCAGCCACGGAGCCUGGACCGAGACCGGGCAAUUGUUCUGCAGACAAGGAAGAGGGAGAACAUGUCCGACGGCGACACCAGCGCCACAGAGAGCGGAGAUGAGGUGCCACUGGAGUUGUACACGGCCUUCCAGCACACACCCACCAAUAAUACACUUACCACCGGCCGCCUGGGCAACAAGCAGGCUGAUAAAAAACGAAAAAAGAGUGGAGACAAGGAGCCUGUGGCAGCAUCUGCCCGUGCCAAAAAGGCAUUUCGUGAGGGGUCCAGAAAGUCGUCCCGGGUGAAGGGCUCUGCUCCAGAAGUGGAGCCCACAGAGUAUCCGUCUACAUGGGAGAGUAAGAUAAAGACAUGGAUGGAGCGCUAUGAAGAGGCCAACAGUAACCAGUAUAGUGAGGAUGUACGCAUCCUACUCCGCGUUAAAGAGGCUCGCGAUGGCAAAACGCUCGCCUACAACACACACACAGCUGCCUUCAAACCACCUGUAGAGAGUCAGGUGCAGAAGAAUAAGAAGAUUCUGAAGGCAAUACGGGAUUUGGCCCCAGAUUCGCUCAUUAUUGAGUACCGGGGUAAAUUUAUGCUCAGGCAACAGUUUGAGGCCAACGGCUACUUUUUUAAAAGGCCGUACCCAUUUGUGUUGUUCUACUCAAAGUUCGAUGGGUUGGAAAUGUGCGUGGACGCCCGAAAUUUUGGUAAUGAGGCCCGUUUCAUUCGCCGAUCCUGUACACCGAAUGCGGAGGUGCGACAUGUGAUUGAGGAUGGCAUGUUGCAUUUGUACAUUUAUUCGCUGAGGUCCAUCUCAAAGGGAAAUGAGAUCACCAUUGGCUUUGACUAUGACUAUGGCAGCUGUAAAUACAAGGUGGACUGUGCCUGUCUGAAGGGAAACCAGGAGUGUCCCGUACUGAAACACAAUCUAGAGCCCACAGAGAAUUUUAGCUCUGGGAAUGACUCCCGGCGUCGCCGUGGCCGUAAAGACAAAGAGCCAACACGGGACCGUGAUGAGACUGGCCAGAACCAGAACCUCACCCUGGACUGUGAUGGCUCUAAAGGCAAGGCCCUCACUGAUGCUAAACAGAGGAAGCUCUCGCCGCUGCGCCUGUCCAUUUCCAACAACCAGGAUCCUGAAUUAAUUGAGGAUAUAGAAGAGAAAGCCUCCGUUAGCAUUGAAGUAGAGAUGGAAUCAGAGGAGCAGAUUGCAGAGAGGAGGAGGAAGAUGGCCAGCCCAGCGGAGGAGUCCCAGCUUCAUGGCAGGGGGGCCUCCAGCUGGAAGGGACUGAGAAACAAGGAGACACGAGAGGAACGGAAGAUGGAGGCCAUCCUGCAGGCAUUUGCCCGAAUGGAAAAGAGGGAGAAACGACGUGAGCAGGCCUUAGAGAGGAUUGGGGGACGCAGUGAGAUCAAAGAAGAGCCCCCUGCCACACCUGAGGCGGAGUCACCAGCUGCAUUACAGCCCCCCCUGGAGGUUGUGAAAGAGGAGCCAGGGUUGAAGCCAGCCACAGCCGCAAAAGUAAGCCGCUCUAAGCAGAGAAAGAGUAUGUCGCGGAACCGGACUCAUAUUGGACAACAGCGACGGAGAGCCCGCACAGUCAGUGCCUGCUCUGAUUUACCGCCCGGUUCUCCUGGAGAGACCCUCGAGGCACCAGUGGGUGAAAGCCAUGAAGGAGAUGCACCCUCUGCUCCUGAGGCUGAAACACUCACCACACAUGUGCCUGAUGUCAGCCCUCCCCACAGCGGAUCACCUGCCCCCGCCUGCCGCUCCGGACAGAAAUACCCAAAAACUAAAAAGCACUUAGUGAGUGAGUGGAUGGGUGAGAAACAAGAGCGAGGGGUCACACGGACUCCAGAGCCAGCCCCUGACAGACCCUUGAGGAUCAGCAGUGACCCUGAGGUGUUGGCUACGCAGCUUAACUCACUGCCGGGCAUGGCCUGUACCCCUCAUGUCUACAGCACACCCAAACACUACAUUCGUUUUUCUUCGCCCUUCCUUGUCAACCGCAGCCCCACCACGCCGGGAGUGCCGACGGGUCGACGCCGCUCACGAGAGCUGCCCGACACACCACCUGCCACUGGCUCCUGCAAAAAGCGGUGGCUAAAGCAGGCAUUAGAGGAGGAGGGUUCCACCAGCCCAGCCAAUCGCUCUUCUCUCCUCCUGCCUAGCGAAGGACCUCUUAGUCCUGCUAUCAAUGGAGAGUCUGACAGUCCACUUCCUUUAAAUGGCAGCUGCUCGUUACCAGAGUUGCCGACCCCCCUCAAGAAGCGACGGUUGUGUCCGCUGGAUGCAUGUAUGUCAGAAACCUCCACCCCCUAUGGCUCCCCAUGUGCUACGCCUACACGAGCAGAGCUGACGGAGGCUGCGGUUACUCCUCUCCAGCUGGCUACACCACCACGUGCCCGUUGUGAUGAGCAGGGCUCUGACCCCUUGCCCUCAGUGCCCUCACAUACAUCCCAGAAUCCUUCACACAGCAGGCCACAGGAGAGUGAGUCUUCUCAGGAGAACUCUCCAGAGUCAAGCCGUAGACCCAGCACUCAAGAGAUGGAACGGUCCCCAUCGCUUUUGGCCUCCCCCAGUGUGAAGGCAGUGGUUUCUGAACCACCCUCCCAGGACAGUGCUCUUCCUGCUGGAGCACAGAGCCCCCAUCUAACCCUCACUGAGCCACAGGACUCAGCAAUGGAGGAUACGGCAGACACGGCAGCAGAAAGUAACACAGAGGCUCCUACCACCUCCACGGACGCUCCAGCGUCAUCUUACCCGCCCUGGAUAAAGAGCCCAGAGAGAGGCCUUUCCUUCUCUCCAGUCAACUCCAACCUGAGGGACCUCACGCCCUCCCAUACCCUGGAGAUGGGCGCCUUCAGGCCUGAAACAGCCACAGGCACAUUCAGUGAAGGGACACCGUUUUACCCCUGCAGUGAAGAGGGUAGCACCAUGGCCUUCACCCGUUCCCUGAGUGGAGACAGCACUACGGAAGGAGGAGGCACCGCUCAGAAUCCCCCACAGAAGAAAAAGGUGUCUCUAUUGGAGUAUAGAAAGCGCCAGCGUGAAGCCAGACGGAGUGGCUCAAAGGUGGAGUGUGGCUCCCCUGUUUCUACAGCACCCCCUGUGGAUGCGUUUCCUGUCACCAUGGAUACAACUGCUGAGCCCACAGCGCCUAUAGUAACAUCAGCCCCAAGGACUCCCCAGCCGAGUGAUGACCCUGAGGCUCCCCCACAAGGAGAGAGGGAGGCAGGAGAGGGACAGUGGACAUCUUCCACAUCUGUAGAGCAGGCCAGAGAGCGCAGCUACCAUAGAGCUCUGCUUCUGAGUGACCACCGUAAAGACAAGGACACAGAUGGUGGUGAGACAGAGGGUGGAGAUGGUGCUCCAGCAAGAGACUGUCCGUCUCCGAAGACCUGCAAGAGCCCUUCCACACACACAUCUUGCUCACCAGGUCCUAGCGCUGCCCACCAGUCAGCAUCUCGCCCAGGAAAGGAAGAAGAGAGUGAAGCCCAGCCUCGUCCCCUUGGCCAGUCUCUGUCCGUCCAGCCGCCCGGCAAACCCCCCGGCACCAAGACGGCCCCACUGACGCCCACUAAGCUGCACAGUGGCCCCAGCAACAUGCCUCACAGCCACUUUGCCAGCCCCUCACUCCUACACUCUCCCAAAGCCCAGCCCCAGGGCUCACCCUACCGCAGUCAGAGAGCCUUCCUCUCCGGCCAGUCACAAAGUCAACCCCAGGCCCAGGCUGCCUCAGGCCCAGCCACUUUCUCUCAGUACAGCCCCCAGAGUGCGCCUCCGCCUCCUCCCCCACCUCCUCCAGCACCACCAGUUUCUGCGGCAUAUUUCCCAGGACAGACAGCAUCUGCUGCUGCACCCUUCCCAGGGUUCAAGCCCUCGGUGGCCUCGCCCUUUCCCCCGGGCUCCCAGCCCCUCUUGCAAACCCACCAUGCUCUGCACUACCAGAGUGGUGCAGCCCCUCCUCCUCCUCCACCACCUCCUCCUCACCCACAGCCAAGCCCUACCCUGUUACACGUCAAUCUGCAGCCCCCUCCAAUCCAGCAGCACCAGCUUCUCCUAAGCUCCGCCCCACCCCCACCUCCCCCACCACCACAGGGCCAGACGUCUCAGCAGCAGCCCAACAGCAACGCGUUGCUGUCUAUGAAGCAAGGCCCACCUCCCCCUCCUCUCCCACCGCCUCCGCCUGCUCCCUCUGGUGGUGCCCCUAACCCGUUCCAGAACAUAGGGGGCUUUCAGACCACACUACUGCACACUGCAACAUCCAGUAACCCCUCUGUGCCCCCUUCUACCUACCCAGCCCAUCAACAGACUGUGCUUCCUCCUCCGCCCCCACCUCCUCCACAGCAAACUCCUCCCUCACAGACUCAACCCAACACCUCCCAGAUCUCCAGCGGUGCCCGAGGAGCCCCCUCCUCCUCUGCCCCCUUCCACAGCACAGGGUACCUGGGCACAGGGUGGCACUGACCACAGCAGAGGAGUUGCAUCCUCAGCAACCCGCCCUACGAACUCACCUAGAGAAGGGCGACACGACAAUACCGUGUAUCAUAGUACAGCUGUAAAUAUUUUCUAUGUACCUUUACACACGGCCAAUGGAAAAACAGGAGCAAGAAAAAGUCUACCUUUUAAAGGACAAAAAAGAAAAGGACUGUAAAACAAUUUGAAGAGACUUUGUAGAAAAUGAAAGUGGAUGAUCCUUGGUGCUCAUCACCUCCCCAACACCACCUCUGACGUCUUUUGGAACGUCUCUUUUUUGUCAUUUUAAUUAUUUUAAUUUUUGUUUUACUCCCUCCUUUCUUCUGGUAGAGAGUCCCAGGUGUCUGUCUCUGUCUGUUUGGAUUUCUGCUGUUGGAUCCCCCUGCCCCUCCUCCACUGUUAAUGGACAUUCCAGUCUCUUUCACUCUGCCAGACCCCUUUCAUCUCCUCUCCUCCCCCCUCCUGUCUUUUUUUUUUCUCUUCUCCUCCCCCUCACCAUUUAUUUGUGUUAUCUAGUGGCUCAUUAUAGCAAAAGAAAAAAGCUUUUUGUAUAGAGAAAAAAUAAAACAGAAUUAUUAUUUUUUUUAUUCCUCCAUAUAACAAGAUAUCUGUGCACCGCUGCAGACAUUCAGAGAUGACCUUUCUGGUAGGCUGCUUCAGUGCCCCAGGAGUCUGCACGUCUAUGUGUGUGCGUGUGUGUGUGUGCGUGCGUGCGUAUGUGUGCGUGCGUGUGCGUGCGUGUGUGUAUGUGUGUGAGAGAGAGAGAGAGAAUGGGUGUGUGCUUUUCUUGAGAGCGAGCGAGAGUUUGUCUUAUAUUCACUGUGUGUGGGUAUGUAUGCAAGAGAGAAGACAAGUACGGUGACUGCUCAUCAAGGAGAGAGCUGUUGUCAUCAGAAGCAGGCGCCGAGAGAGGUCUCACCUGUAGGAUGUUAGCGGUUUAUUUUUGAAUAUCAAUGGUUAUUUGUAGAAAGUGUAAUUUAAUGUAUAGGUGGUUACUCCAGCUUUCUCCAGAAACAGGUGUAAAUAUUGGCUUCUUUUCUUUUCUAUGCUUGUACAAUUCGCUCCCAUCCCAUUUUUGAAUAUGGUUGUAAAUACGAGCGCUCUUGGCAAAGCUGAAUGUUUCUGUGACCGUAGCACUAUUUUUAUUUUCUUCUCUCUGGAUUAUUCAAUUUGUCUCUUUUUUUAUUAUUUGUGUGUGAGUGUAUGUGUGUGUGAAGGAGAGAGACUCACAGACACAGCACUGGUUGGCUAUUUUCAUGGUUCAUUAUAAUAAAAUCACUGUAAUGACAGU